AUGCCGAAACCGACCAUAGAAGCAGCAAUUGCAAGAGGACAGGGCAUCACAGCAGCUGGAGCAACAUUGGAAUCACUCACCAUUGAGGGAAUGCUACCACAUUCCGUUGCUGUUGUGGUGGAGUGCUUGACGGACCAAAAAGCCAGAGCUCUGCAAGAUAUUCGAGCUAUUAUCCGGCAUUCCGGAGGAUCAAACACACCCACGACUUUCUUAUUCGAGAAAAGGGGCAAGAUAGUGUUUGAGCAGAAGCCCGACCUUGAUGUUGACAGCUAUCUUGAACUGGCAAUUGACGCUGGUGCGACAGAUGUCGAGGCAGACGAAAAUAACCGUCUUAUCGUUUACACAGAGCACUCAGCUACAAAAGCAGUGGCCGACAAGAUGUCUGCUGCCACGGAUCUGGUUACGGAGAGCAUUGAUAUCAUAUGGGAUCCAAACCAAGACACUCUUGUUAAGCUUGAGUCUGAAGAGGCCCGCGGUACAGUAGAAAAUAUAGUAAAUGAGCUCAGGGAUGAUCCCAGCGUCCAGGAUAUCUAUAUCAAUUGUCCGGACAUACCGACUCAAUGA